UACUAUGCUAUACGUCGCGUUGUAUUGGCGGCGCAGCUACCUAUGGUAUUGUGGUGAAAUCGCAAUAUUAUCGGCCGUGGCAGCACUACUCGAACGCUAGACUACAAACGAGUCGAGAGCGGAGAAUCCAACGAUGUGAACCUGAUUUAACGAUGAUUCAAAACACUCCCCUCACCUUGCCCGCAUGCGUUAUUGUUGCGAGUCUGCUGCUGAGUAUAGUAUACGAAGCAGCUGACACUGCGUGGCUGCUGCUGUAGCUGGAGUGCGACACACAUUUUCGAUUGUGUACUUAUCUCUCGUUGAACAUUAUAGUCGGCUCCAGUUGAUGAUCGUACAAUAGUUUGGUAUUGAUUAACUACGGUAACUUGGUUAACCACCUCAACAGUGCAUCAUUGAUUCUAGAAGUGAAUAAUUGUAAAAAUGGUUUCCAACUGCAACGACAUUAAAUUGUCUGGCCUGACACCAGAUUUGUAUUUGGAGAAACACAUCAACUAUAUUCUAUCGUACGAGUCAAAAAAGGAUGAUUAUACAUACAUUAUGACUGAACACCUUAGAAUAUCUGGCAUGUACUGGGGUCUCACAGCUUUAGAUAUUACGCAUAAUUUACACAAAAUAGAUAAAGAAGAAGUUUUGAGUUUUAUAAAGCAGUGUCAGCAUGAAUGUGGAGGAAUUGGGGCCAGUAUUCUUCACGAUCCACAUUUGUUACAUACCCUGAGUGCUAUACAGAUUUUGUGUUAUUACAAAGCUUUGGACACGAUUAACGUAGAGAAAGUUGUUGAAUAUAUAAAAAACAGACAAAAAGACGAUGGAAGUUUUGAGGGUGACAAGUGGGGUGAAAUAGAUACAAGAUUUUCAUUUUGUGCUAUUGCAUCUUUAGCUUUAUUGAAUCGUUUGAAUGAAGUGAAUAUAGAGAAAGCUGUAAAUUUUAUUAAAUCUUGUAUGAAUUUUGAUGGAGGCUUUGGCUCGAAACCUGUAAGUGAGAGUCACGCAGGUUUAAUUUACUGUUGUCUGGGCACAUUAUCUAUUACUGGUCAUUUACACAUUGUUAAGGCAGACGAACUGGGAUGGUGGCUUGCUGAAAGACAACUGCCAUCGGGUGGUUUGAAUGGAAGGCCAGAAAAAUUACCAGAUGUUUGCUACUCUUGGUGGGUUCUUGCUUCCUUGAAAAUUUUAGGACGUCUUAAUUGGAUUAAUACCAACAAAAUGAUAAACUUUAUACUGUACUGUCAAGAUGCAGAAACAGGAGGGUUUAGUGAUCGACCUGGUGAUAUGGUUGAUCCAUUCCACACUCUAUUUGGUUUAUCAGCAUUAUCGUUACUAGGAUAUACAAAAGCUGAUUUGAAGACAAUAAAUCCUACAUAUUGUAUGCCACAAUAUAUAAUGGAUGAAAUGAAUCUGAAGCCUGACCGGCUGGAUUUAGUAGAAAAAACAGACCAUUUAAAGGGUUGGGCUGGGAUCGAAGAAGACUAAUAAUGUGCUUUAGAAUU